AGGCCCACUUCAUACAACACAUGUUUCGCCCAAACAUACAUAAUGUACGUUUCGCCACCCUCGCCUUCCCCCGUCUGUUAAGCUGCACCAGUAGGAAUUUUUCGCACUCUUUCAAGUUUUCUUUUUCUACCCGCUUACCUUAAGAAGCGCAGCAUACGCAAUUCUUUUUCUACCCGUUCAUAGUACAUAAUCUGCAUGCGUUUUGCUACCUGAUCAGACAUCGACGUUUCGGUUUGUACUUUUAUGUACCUUAGCCGGAGAUCUCCACACGUACGUUUCUUCUUUCGCGCAAAGAAUGAUUGUUUCUCCUCUGCUUUUUGACGUGACAUGUCACACACAGGACGAGAUGAAGUGCCUCCUCUUGUUUCAAAGUCCUAUUCCUGUAGUUCCCGUAGGUACUCCUCUCUGUGGCUUCGUACGAGGCUGACAAAAGUGGCACUGGUCGGCGCGCAAAAAAUGGUGCCCUCAACGACGGCGCGUGUUUGUCUGGCCUCUUCCCUGCUGCGCUUCGUCCUCCUCUCUUUGUUAGUAGUCCUGGACCACAGUAACAGAACCUUUCACUUUGCAGACGCCGCGCUCUCCAUCGACGGCGCGGGCGUCGGUGCGUUCGUCAACCGGUUGCGAAGUGCGGUAUACGUGCCGAGGUCGGAGCUCGAGGAAGUGGCGAAUGUAAAAGCGCCGGGACGAGGACGGCGAAAGGACGAAGAAGAUGCUGCGAACCUCCGCGGGGGUGUCAAGCAAAGCACGUCGUACGACGAGGAGCACCCGCCUGUGUCUCCCUCCGCCGCAACGUGUAGCAGUACCGAGCACGGGCCGUUUUGCGCACUUACCGCGGUGACACCGGAGCAGAAGGAACAGGCACAGUACCUCCUAGACGGGCUUUUGUUUGCCAAUUUGUCGGAGACGAGUCUGCUUUCAAAUUUUCAGCGGCUGACGAACUUGCUUUUUCAGCAGACGCCCGCCGAAUCUUCGUCCGGGGCAGGAGCAGACAGGUCCUUGUCUCCUUUGUCAACAUCGCCCACCGGUUCGGGCUCCGGAAACUUGUUGGUAAGUAGUGCGAACAAGAAUUCUGGUUGUCGUUAUUUUGUUGUGUGUGUCGUUGAUGUUGAUUGUUGAAGAAAAGUACAAAACGAAAGCUAUUUUUUGAAAAGAGUACACCGUAACAAAAACUUUACAGUCAACGUCUUCGGACCUCACGACUUCGUCGCGUUUCCAAACCGACGAUUCCUUCGACAGCGACGACCUGUAUUGGGAAGACCACGAUCUUGAGGGCUCUACGGCCGAGUCCUACCAGGAUCCUGCGCUACUGGUCGAGUGCCGCGAAAUCAACCUGUCGGAGUUUUGUUUUCGCAACAACCAGUACUGUGACUCCAAGGUGCAGAAUGGGUGGUUUUUCUCCUUCGGGCUCCGGAAGGACAAGGCCGCGCUCCCCAUGGUCGUCACGGAAGUGAAGGCGCGGGGCGUCGGGUAUCUGAUCGCGCGCAACAAGGCGAGUGCCGGUGGUAGGGAAGUGGUGAAAGUGUGGGAGCAGAACAUCGACACCAUCCCGUUCUCCGAGGAAGAAAUAGCGAACGACCUGCAAUUUUUCCACACCCUUCUGUCUGACGGGUUUGUGAAGAUAUCUAACAUUUUGAGCAAUAUCGAGCACUCAUCUUCUCACAGAUUACGUUCCGCCGCCGCGGGGGAAGGCGGCCAGAAGUUUCUCAACAAUCAGGGUGGAUCUACUACUUCGCAGAGGCCGCUCGUGGCCGCAACUGGUGGGGACGAGGCAGUCACGAGUGGGGGCAAUGUUAUUGUGGAAAGGUUCCUCGAUUUGGAAAAUCUGUGGAAGGAAGUAAUAUUGGGGACGAGUGCCGCAAGUUCUACUUCGCCAAAUACCGAUCCCCGGUACGCUCCCCGGCUGCACAGCAAGUCCCCGCUGCGAGAGACGGAGCGCGCGGCCCUGUUGCUUUGGGAGUUUCUGGACCGGGCGGCGCCUACGCUCGCGGCGGACUUCCGGGCCAAUAUGGAUAAGGAGUUGGGUUUCGCGGAAGUUUUCGAGGCCGGUAGUGGGGAAGUUACCGCUCAUGAUGCCGUUUUUUCCAGCACUCCAGGGGCCGCGAUCGAUCAUAAGGUCGAAAUAGAAAAUCAGUUGCACGGGCGACACGGGAAAGAUUCUGAGUCACCACCGCCUGGCAGCCAGGCGUACGAGCUGCGCCAGAUUUUCCAAGUGCUGAAGAAGUACCGAAAACGCGAAGGCUACGCGCAGUUCACGCCCACAGACACGAUCUUUCCCAUCACGCAGCUCGUGACCUUUGGCGAUCUAGAAUUGCAGUCGAUCAAGGCGUGCUACCGCCUCGAGCCGACGAUUUCUUCCGAUUCUACUGUCGUGAAGAAGAAUCAGCUGAUCGCCACUUCGAAUGGCUUUUACGGUAGUGCCAGCACGACUGCUACCGAACACGGACUGAGUAACGGCUUGUCCCUCGCCCUCCGGGAAGUGUACCCGGAAAGCGACGUGAUCUCUUUGAAAGAGGCCUACACUAAGGGCAUGCGGCUGAAGCACGGCAGCACGACCAGAGCGGGCCAGGCAGACGCGGCUAGAGACGGCGGAAAAAAUAGAGGGAGAGGGAGCAAGAGGAGUAAGAGGAAUAAACAAAGCCGCGGAGCAGGUACGACCAGUAGUGCAACAACAUCAAAUGUUGUUGACUACGUAGACGAGGCCGCCGGCGCAGGUAAUUCAAAAAGCAGUUCUACUGGGCAAAAAGUCAACGGUGCCGUGCAGCAAGAUUCCUUUUUCGACAUGUACGAGUUCCUGAUCGAGGAGCUGGACCGCAUUCCCAACCUGCGCACCGUGCUGCUGCAGGGCAUCAGCUUCCUGAACCUGCGGGAGUACGUACGUAAGGAGGUGGUCGGAAACCCGCAGUACGACCAGAUUCUGAUCCAGCUCAUGGUUCGGAGGCGCGCGCUGCGGUUCGCGCAGGGCGAGGUAGGAAUUUCUGCGACGAGUGGUCAAUUCCAAGUUCGUCCUGAUGGGCAACAAGUGGGAGAAAGGGCAGCAAAAGGUAGGAGCAGUACAGCGUCUUCGAGGAACCGGAAGAGGAGUAUGCAUUGCAAAUGUGUCUGGGUCUGGAAGGAUGCAACUUGUGACGCUCCUUUUGGACUCUGAAAAAAUCUGUGUUGCAUGGCAAGCAAUAGGAGUCCAGUUUUUGCCACGUGGUGAGGGCAUUUCUCAUUCAGGAUAGGCUUGAAGAAGCACUCAGAAAAUCUGUGAUGCUAGGGCAUACAUCACAGCCGUCAUGGGUCAUGUCAGGCGUGCAUGACAAAUAUUCCUAUCUUCCAGACCCAGACAUAUUUGCGGUUGAUAAGGAGGCGGCGAAAGCCGUUCCACAUGGACCAGUUUUUCAACGAGGAGGCCAGUAUCGACUAUGCAGGAAAAAAACAUUGUUAGUGUAAGUUUGUGAUGCGCAACACAAAGAUGAUUGCGUCUGUCAUGCUGGACAUGCAUUGCAGGGUCCAUUCAUGCGGGUUUUGACAUGCUAUCUGCGCGUGACAGGUUUCUGCUCUCAUGCCAGACAGAUUUGUAAUGCUGUUCCUCCAAAAAAAUGAAAGUUACACCUACAAUCUUUUUCUCUUGGAUAUCGACUACUUCGAGCACAGCAAGGCGUGGCAGAAGUUACAGAACAAGUUGCACGACAAGAUGCAGGCCCAGUUCGACGAGCUCGGGCGCCGGGAUAAAAAUCCGGAGCAAAAACAGAACUCUGCUUCGUCGAAGAUAAGGGGACGGGUAAAAUUUUUUUCAGAGGUUCCCAUGCAGGUUCUGUCGUCCAACAGCGGGGAUGGAACAACAUCGGCGGGUAGCUACAGCGACAACACCGGCCAGAGCCCGCAGCUGUACGAGCUCUUUUCCACGCAGCAGUACUUUUACCUGAUGGAAAAGCUCCUCGCAAACAAGAAGCUGUAUCAGCAGCCGGAAAAGCGCAAACUGCUGGAAGAGGUGCUAGACAAAUAUUUGCUGCUGGAGGAGGGCGAGGAUAGGCAAACGAAGAAAAAGGAUCAUGUGUUUUCCACCUCCCGCGAGGAACAAGCAGUAGAUGCAGAGACCUCCGCGGCCGGAGGAGAUGCUGCUUUAACAAACAACACGACUGCGGCAAUGUCGCAGCCCACCGCUUCGGUGCCGGAGGUUUUUUCGCUCAUGGAGAAGCUCAUGGAAGAGGAGGUAAGGUUGUUGGAAGAUGAAGUUGACGAAGUAGAUCUUAGAAAUUCCGCAGAAAAGAACGGAAACGCACCGUCGGUUCCUCUCCCGCAAGAGGGGACAGCAGAAGCCAGCCGAACAGGUACUGUGCCUGCACCCGAGGAUGAUCAGGCGACUGAUGUGCUUCAAAAGCGGCAAGAAAGACCACCUGUCACCGCGUCCGGCACCGCCAACCAGGAGCAGUCUACGAAUUCCGACGCGGUGAGCGAGGACCCCGACGCAACAUCAAUACCGGAAAGAAAUCGGUCUGCGGAACAAGAACAGCACCUGACUGCAGAGGAAUUGCGAAGACAGGACGAGGAAUUUUUCAAGCAGCAUGGAAGCUCAACAACUGCGUCGGAUUUCAAGGACCUGCCCGAAACUGGCACCGGAGAUGCAGCGGACAACCGCGGUCCUGUGGGCCACCAGGCGAGCGGAAGCACUGGCAACGUGAAGCUUCGCGACUUCAUCCAAGACCUGGUUGCGACCGCCAGAGAAGCUGCAACGACGGCAAGCGAGGGGAGUAGUGCGAGGGGAGUCGCUGGGAAAGGAGAAGCGGGAGGAGCAGAUGAGAGUCCUGUGACGCAAGCGCAGGAGCGACAGGAAGAUCGGUCUUCGGGGGAAACUGCACCAACCGUAGGUAGUGCCGGAGAGGAUCUGCCUGGAAGUAGAACAGCGGAUGAAAGUAACGGAGCAGACAUGAACACGAGCGCCGGCGCCGCGGAUCAAACUGCACUUCCAAGAGAUGAAAAUAGUAAUCCGGAUGCUCCCCUUGGUCGUGAAACCUUUGGCGAGGCACCGCAGAACGGCGCAGAAGCAAGAGGCUCUGCUGAUCCAGACAGUACAUCGCUCCCUCCUGUUGCGCCACCAGAGGAGCAAUCCUCUGCCCCAAAUCUUCCAACACCUCAGGUCGGGGGCGAGGCGAAUGCUGAUGUACCUUCAUCGCCUCCCCAAGAACCACCGGAAGCUCAUCUUCCAGUUGGAACGGAAAAUGCUCAGAAUGCUCAAGAACAGCCGCAGAUGGGUCCAUCAGGCGCACCAGACCCCAACACGGGUAACAUGUCAACACCCGAAGCCGCUCAACAAGAUGCCGGGAGCACAGAAACAUCUGCAGAGGUCGUGAACCUAGCGAGAACGGAAGAACUCCCAGCAAAUAGCACCCCGAACAACAGCGAGCAGCAAGAAAGUACAGCCACUACACCCUCUCCUCCCACAUCUCGCGAAGAUGAGGAGGACACAGAGCAGUUUAUCCUGAGUAAAAACGUACCCACACCAGAGUCAGGAUGGGGAUUUUGCAACACAAACCUAGGAGUUUCGUGAGUCAUGCAUGACAAGUUGCGCUCUGCAGUGUAGUGCAGGUUAGCAAGUGCAGCAGCAUCACAGACUCAUCUGCUCAUCCUGUUCACAGCAUCACAAAUUCCAAAACACAAUUGGAAAUGGCUCUCAUGGGGAUGCGCAUUACGAGUCUUCCUGUCUUUGCAAAUCUGCAUUACAACUCUGGUGUGGGUACGUUUUUACUCAGGAUACAGCUGCGCGCCGCCCUGGCCGCCUUGGCUGAACACGACGAAACCACGACCACGCGGACAGCUGCAGAAGAGGAUAGAGGUGGUGCGCCACCAGCAGGACAAGCGAGUAGACCACCACAAACAACGGGGGCUGAAGGAAGAGCCGAUGAUCCCACUGCACAGGAGCAGCAGCUCCCGGAUUUGUUUGGAGGGGACCACAGUAGAACCCCGCAGCCAGACCAGCCUGAUGCGGCCGCAGGAGAGGGACGUAGACAGGACGAGAGGGCGGGACAAGAUACCGGUCCUGGUGGACGACCUGCAGGAACAAGCGGAGAUGUAGAAAUAGCAAAUGCGUCCGUACCUCCUCAAACAGCAGCGGAUGCUGAAGAUGAAAUAGCUGCUGCUCCAGUUGUAUCAACAACUACGAUUCCGCCAGUCGACCCUGAGCUGGACUAUACACGGCACCCCUCCAUUUUGACGACCCCGAACAGAUUUGCCGACCUAUUGCUGUCGGCCGACAAGAACGAUGAUAGGGCAGCGCCAGCCAGUGCCGCAGAAACCAACGAGGGUGGUGCGAAAGAAAAGUCGACGAGCGAGCUGCUCGACAAGUGGUUGAGAAUUAACGAUUUUUGGCAGGAGCGCGAAGACCUGAUCGUGGGCGCUGCGGAGGAGCAAAAGAGGCUGGAAGAGGACAGACGCUUGGCGGCGGAGAGGCUGCGGCUGUGGCAGGCAAGUUUAGAAGCAGAAGAGCAGGAGCGCAAAGCCGCAGAGGAGAAGUCGAAAGCAGAGAUGGAAAGCGCGUGGGCCAAGCUGGUGGAAGGAAUUAGCGGCGAAGAUGUUGUAUCAAAUGCAAAAAUGUCUGGGUCUGGAAGGAUCCGAACUUGUGAUGCGCAUUUUCGAACACAGAAAAAUCUCUCAUGCAUAGGUAGCAAAAGCUACCCCCUUUCUGUCACCAAAAUGGGGGAUUUCUCAUGCGGGUUCGGCAUUGCGGAAGCUUCUCGAAACCUGUGAUGCUAGAGCUUCCAUGCCACACCUUCUGCGUCAUGCAAAAACAGCAUGAAUCUUCCAGACCCAGACACUUUACAUUUGAUAUGUUGGCAAAAGUUUAGAUUCGGACGCGGAAACCACGACCACAGACACGGGCAGCACUGUUGAAGUCGCGGCUGCUGAGGAAGACGAAAGGACAACACCAGACCAGACUGAAACCGCAACAACCGAAGUGGAGAUAUCGUCGGGAAGAAGUGAUGAGCAUGGCGUCCACGACGAGCCGACACCGCAAACAGCGUCACCCCCAGGCAGCGCUGCUGGUGAAACAGUUUCACUGCAGUCCGAAGACGAAGCCGGCAGCACCGUCGCUUUAGAGACCGAAACCGAACAACCCCCCACCGCAACGCCCGCGGAGGUCGUGCCUGUUCACACCAGAAUCGAACUCGAACGCGAACUGCGCCGACUGGAGGCUGAAAUCCUUUCGCCGAAGUCUCUUUUCGAGCAGCUAGCGGAGGUUCCGCUAGGUGACAUCGAAAACAACAAGGCAACGUCGAAAGCAAACCAAGGUGCCUCAAGUGAACACAGCGGCACGACAACUUCAGAGAACAAGAUGAAAAAGGACAGUGCAACUUCUGGCGGAGCAGAGCAGCCGCGUUUGGUGUUCGGGGCUGUGAACGUGGACGGCGACACUUUUUUUACCGGCGGAUCGGGGGCGAACUCGAACACCAAGACAAAAGGAAAGACUUCAUCCCCUCCUACGGUCCAGUUCAAAUUGCACACUGGCGGCGGCGGUGACGUUUUGAAUGACGAUUUUGCGAAUCAAUUGGCGGAGCAAUUGUCGAAGUUGUUCGGCGGGGGGAGUGAUCAGCUAAGCGGGGGUGCCGGCAAAGAUUCGGCCGCGUCCCGACGCGCCUCCUCGACCGAGGAGGAGGAGGAGGACAACGCGGACAAUGAAAUCACAUUGCACAAGCUCAAGCCGGAAAAGAAAAAGAAAGCAUCAGGGAGUGGUGCGACGGAACAAACUUCAGCAUCCGAAGAUCAUGAGACAGCACACGGUUCUACUACUUCGGGAAAAACCGACUCAACAGAAGGCGCCAGUGGGAAGAAGAAGACCGUCGAAGUGCAGCGGUUCACGGUAAAAUUCGACCAAAACGGGGGAAUCGACAUCUUGGAAAUGGGAAACAACAACGCAGGUACAAGAGUGUAGGGCUUGAUAGAUAAUUCGUUGGUUGCUCUGCUUCUGUGUUCUUUUCGCCUCAUUUGGCUCCGCACCUGGUGGAAGUCGUAGCGGCUGUAAUUUUCAUAUCUUGCCCAAUGAAAAUGAAUCCCUGGUUUUAGUACUGGUGCCUAGUCUGAGAAUCAUUUUUGCCUUUCCUUGUCGUGAAUGAAAAACAAAAACUAAAAUUGCGGAAAAAAAAAUAAACCCAGGUGCAAACCAGGGCGGCAACGAAGAGGAAGCGAAGAUGAUGCGCAUGAUGCAGGAGCAAUUAGCGUCCAUGCUCUCCGACCAGGUGUCGUCCGAGCAGGGAAACAAAGAGGGAAAACCUUCGAAGAAGAAAGACGUAGAGGACGAGGAUGAGCUGGGUGAUUAGCUGAACCAGAACUCGUCCGAGAUUUUUAGGCUAUUCUUUUUGCUGAAACCAAUCGAGGAAUUUUUAUCCUGGUUGUUCCCACAUAUGCACUACAACUAAGCACAAGAAGAGCAAAUUGAAACAUCUGCAGGUCGUGUUGACCUCCCUGCACUUCUUGAUGCAUGGAUUUCUGUCCACCUACUUCGAUGGAAACGCACAUUGCUGCCCGGAAGAGAAAGAUCAUGAGAGGCUGCGCCGUCAAAAAUUGGCGAGGUUCGAUUGCAGAUCGCGACG